CGGACUGAGUUAUCUUAGUAAACAAGCAAACUUUCGUACAGAAUACAAUUUAAAAACGACUAAAAUAUUAUAUACUGCAACUACCGUUUUGUAUUACAAACCUUAUGCGAAUGUCGGCAAUUGGUGACACGAGAGACUUAUGUGACGACUUCCAGUGACAGAGACCACUGCCUUAAUAUCCAGUUGUCGAUCAAUCAUCGCCAACCUGCUGCAGACCGACUACAAUUCUGAUUUUCUAGAACGGUUUCCACACACGUUUUUCCGUGCACAUUUUUGACUAUACGUAGCGUCCGACAUGUCUAUAGCCGAAUUCUUGGAUGGCUUUCCAUCCUAUAACGAACGCAAUUUUUGCAGUUUCGUUGCAAAAAAUUGUGGAAACAAGUCUUCACCAGUUUACAUAACAACAAAAGAUCAACCUUCCAAUCAAACUAUUGUUAAUGACAAUUCACACUUGUUAAUCCAGUGUUUACAUAAACAAUGGGAUAAAAAGAAUGGAUGUAAAAAAAGGGCAUUGGUUGAAACGAGUGAAGAAUCUGGCUCAACAUCUAGAAAACGUCCAAGGGUAGAUCAUAUAUAGAUAUUACAUUCUAAAAUAUAUUGCGAUAACAUAAUUCCAAUGCAAGCAUUCUUAAUGUUUCUUGACUAAGACUCCUGAUUGACUGUUUUUAAGAGAAAUAAAAUAUGCUAAUUUAAGGGUGUAUAGUCAGGUAGCAUUUUGUAAUGAUAAUAUAAUAAUGUUAUAUUAAUAUUAUAGUCCAGUCAAAUUAGAUCAAAAAUCAACAAAGAUCGGAAAAAAUUCGCCCCCAACUGAAUUUUGGUACACACUUAAAAUGUACUUUCCCAAUUAACAUACUAAAAGUCCUGACAGCUAACCCCUGUGCAUAUCUCUACACCCCCCAAAAAGGGGUGAAAUGAGGAUUUUUCUUAUAACUCGUUAAUCGUUGAACUCACGACAAAAAGGUAUAGGACCAAAAUUAAAGACUGUACAAUUUACUAUAGUAAUAUAAUAUUUUAAUCACUUAAAUUCUAACGUGGUAGUAUUAAGAAAACUUUUUUGAAAAAAAACUGAUUUUUUUUUAGCCAAAAUGUAUAGUUCUACACUAAAAUGACCUAUUAGAAAAAUUAUAAUAUACUGUAUGUUUUUACAUAAUAUACUAUUUUUAUAUUUUUUUUAUAUUCAUUACCAUAAGAUUUAAUGUUGAAUUUUUUCCGAUCUUUUUCCUAA